AUGCCGGGGUUCGACUUCAGUAACUACAAUCGCAAUGCUGCCCUGCACGCACGAGGAGUCCCGUUACCGAAAGCCACGAGCACGGGUACCACAAUCGUGGGCUGUAUAUUCGACAACGGGGUCGUGAUUGCUGCAGAUACACGAGCAACGAGUGGACCCAUAGUUGCUGACAAGAACUGCGAGAAAUUACAUUUCAUCUCUCCCAACAUCUGGUGUGCCGGCGCCGGUACCGCAGCGGACACUGAGUUCACCACCGCGCUGAUCUCCUCUAACCUCGAACUACACUCCCUCUCGACCGGCCGAACACCUCGUGUCGUCACCGUCAUGACCAUGCUGAAACAGCACCUCUUCCGCCACCAGGGCCACAUUGGCGCAUACCUCGUCGUUGCGGGUGUAGAUCCUACGGGAGUCGGUCUCUUCACUGUCCACGCCCACGGUUCCACAGACAAACUCCCCUACGUGACCAUGGGCUCCGGCUCCCUGGCCGCCAUGUCUGUCUUUGAAUCCACGUGGAAAAAGAACUGUACCAAGGACGAAGCCGUCAAGAUCUGCUCAGAAGCCAUUCUUGCCGGCAUCUUCAACGACCUGGGCUCGGGAAGUAACGUUGACGUCUGCGUGAUUGAGAAGGACAAGCCGACUGAGUUGCGGAGGAAUUACAUCAAGCCGAAUGAGCGAGUGAGGAAGGAACGCAAUUACAAGUUUGCUCGGGGCACGACGGCGGUGUUGAAUGAGAAGCUUAUCACAAAGGAGGAGAUUGGGCGGUAUGCUACGGUGCAUGAGAUCGGCAGUGGCAGUGAUUCAGACAGCUUGGUUGUUGUGGAGAAGAUGGAUGUGGAUGAUGUAUGA